ACCGAGAUCAAGAUCUCAUGAGGCAGACUGCAGGACGGGUGCCUGUCUUCAGCCAUGAGGUGGUCCCUGACCAUCUAAGAACCAAGCCUGACCCUGAGGUUGAAGAGCAGGAGAAGCAACUUAAGACACGUGCUGCCCACACUGGUGCUGAUGCAGCUCAGAAGCAGAUCCAGAGCUUGAAUAAAAUGUGCUCAAACCUUCUGGAGAAAAUCAGCAAAGAGGAGCAAGAAUCAGAGAGUGGAGGUCUCUGGCCAAACAAGCAGACAUUUAACCCUGCAGACAUCAAUGCCCUGGUGGCAGAUGUUGCCUUUGGGAAGAGGCUGUCUAAUUGGAGACCUUCAGGCAGCAGUGGUCCUGGCCAGCCGGGUCAGCCAGGAGCUGGGGCCAUCCUUGCAGGAGCCUUGGGACUACAGCAGGUGCAGAUGGCAGGAGCUCCAGGCCAGCAGCAGCCAAUGCUUAAUGGAGUGCAAAUGGCCCAAGCAGGUCAAACAGGGAAAAUGUGA